UUUUUAGAAUAAAUGUAGUGGAAUUCUGGAGAAAAAGAGGAUGUUGGGUCUGUACCAUUUUGCAGUGGUUUAUCUUCCAGCCAUGUCUAUGGUUGCAGCUGAGAUCUCAUGCCGAAAUGAAGCUGGUGACCCCAUAGAUUGGUUUGUAGUUUAUAAAUUACCCAUGCUGAAUGAUAGUACUGGGUCAGGCCUGGAUUAUUUAUACAUGGACUCCACAAACCAGGAAUGGCAAAUCAGCAAAUUCCAAAUAAACACGACAAAAAGUGCUGUGGGGCAAGUACUGCAGCAGUUAUACCAAGACUAUGAUAAAGAUGACACAGUUUAUAUGAUAUAUAAUGACGCACCUCCAAAUGUGAAAAAUAGUUCAAGAAAAGGACACACCAAAGGAGUUCUCUUCUUCGACACAUCGCAGGGAUUUUGGUUGAUUCACAGCGUGCCUCAUUUCCCACCGUCCCCUGAGGAUGGUUAUGGAUAUCCAUCAACAGGAAAAAGAUUUGGACAAACAGCUAUAUGUGUUACCUACCCAUAUAGUGAAUUUAAAGAAAUUGCUAACCAGCUGCUCUAUUACAAUCCAAAUGUGUAUAACUGCUCCGUCCCUAACAUGUACCAAAAAGAAUUGUGGAUGCUGCACAAAAUAUGUCUUGGAGGCCAUUUUCCCUGGAUAGAUUCUACACGUCUCACACAACUGAAUUCUGCCCGAGGGGAAGUCUUCCUUAACUUCGCUAAAUCAAAGUACUUUGUUGAUGAUAUAUACACAGCAUGGAUAGCUCAGAAACUGAGGACAAAUAUGUUUGUGGAAUCCUGGAUAUCAAGAGAGCAACUUCCAUCCAACUGCUCUCUUCAGUACCAUGUAUAUAAUAUAAAAAGAAUUGGCCUACCAACACAGUCAUCAUUUCAGUCCUUUUACGAUCACUCGAAAUGGUGCGUUUCCCAAUCUAAUGGCGAUUUAUGGACCUGCAUUGGAGACCUGAACAGACAUCCGCUACAAACCAGGAGAAGUGGUGGUUUCAUCUGCACCCAAAACAAACAUAUCUACACAGCAUUUAGGAAUAUGGUACUGUAUUAUAAAAACUGUACAGAUACUGAAAAUAAAAUGUAAGAAUUGCCGGCCUUUUAUCACUUGCACACUGCUUCCUUGUAGUAUAUGACCACUCAAAUGUUUUCCCCUUUCAUUGUAUAGGUGAAGGGACUCUGGGAGUUUCAGUUUUCCAACAUGUGAAAUAACAAACACUGCUUACCCCUGUAACAUUAUUUUAAUGAAUUAGUAUGGCCGCCAAAGCUUUUCAUUUUAGAGGAUGAAGAACUUUAUCCCUUGGCUUUAUAGCUUGCUUUAAUUUGACAAUCUCUCAAACACUGAUAAAUAAGUCAUUUUAGUUAUUAUUGUGGAUAUCAGGCUGACAUUGAUGUGGUUUUAUAUUCUUCUGCAAGAUUAUUGGAACACAGAUGGCAGUUGCUUUUGCUGAACUACAUCCUGAGGAGUUCUUAUUCGUAGCACCUCCUUACUACUAGUGAUCCCCCAAAUAUGGUGCCUUUUCGAGUCACUGUUUCUGUGCUAUAUAGUGGCAUUAAUAGGCCUUUGAGGGAAUGUGUUAUGCUGUACAGUAUGUCCCUCCUACUAUUCCUCAAACUUAUUUUCUGGUUUUCAGUCUUAUGUUCAGUCUCAGGGAACCACUGUUAAAGACUGAGAACUAAUCAGUUUUUUUUUUAUCAAGCACCAUUAAGGUAGCAUUUUGUUAAAGGGAGGUUUGAUUAACAAUAAAGGGUCACAAUAAUG